GAUCACCUAAUCAUUUUUGUUUUUAGAAUAAAUUGUAAAUAGUAGACGUUACAUACAAGCAUGUAGUUAAAAGAUAUGGAAGAUCUCAGCUACCUGGAUAAAUUGAAAUAUGAACAGAAAAAGGUUUUACAGGAAAACGAGAAGAGUCGUGCAAAAAAAACAGAGAUACGGGAUGAAUACAUCAAAUUAAAGGAGAAGCUUCAAACUUUUUCCGAUGAAAUCACAAGACCCACUAUGGUACCUAUUGGUGAGAUAGCAUUCUUUCCAGGGCAUUUCAUUCACACAAAUGAAAUCACUGUCCUUCUUGGAGAGAACUGGUUUGUUGAACGCUCAUCUAAACAAGCAUUAGAAAUUACUGAAAGAAGAAUAAAAAUGGUCGAUGCUCAGUUGAGUGAAUUGAUGAAGGAAUUUGAUAAUAUGAAGGCACAUAUGGAAUACACCAACCAUUUUCAAGCUAUUCAAGAUGAACACAAUGAUAUCCAAGAAAUCAAGGAAGAAAUUGACGAUUUUACAGGAGCGCAGAAAAUUAAAAGACGGAAAGCGCAUGUACCGAAACACGAUCUUAUACAGCGAAGCGUUCAGCCCAAAGUGGAAAACACAAAAACAAUUGACAAAAACAGCGAGGAGUUUUCGUCCAAUAAAGACAGUACAAUAAAUCACAACGAACUACUGGCGCGAUUAAAUGAACUAGAAAAAGAAGAAGAGGAGGAAGAGGAAAAAGAACAUUCGAAAAUAAUGAAUGAAAUUUUGGCAGGGACAUAUAAACCUGAUGAAAGUGAAGGUAACACGUCCGGGAACAAUGCGAGUGUAGUUCGGAAAGGUGGCGAACAUAAACACGUGCAGUUUGAUAGUGAUGUUGAUGAUGCGAGGAAUUCCGAUGGCGAACACGAGGGAAUUGAAAAUGUUAUCAAGUUUCAACACUCCUCUGACGUGCAGCGGGAACGAUCUGCUAGCGAGUCAGAUGUGACUAGAAAGAACGUGAACUCGCCUGCAGAUAUUUACGAGCAAUAUAGACGCUCUGAUAAAACUCACGACACUGACGAAAGGCCUCUGAAGUCAAUUUUAAAGAAAGAUAGUCGAUCGAACUCCAACGAAAACUUGAGGCUUCGACCUAUCCUAAAAACGUCGCCGGAACACAGGCCGGGUACGCCUGAAUAUACGUUAGACGAUCAGCCAAAGCCUAUUCUUAAAACACCACCGGACACGCAAGGCAGUGAACGCCGACCGGGAACGCCUGAAUACGGUUUAUCUGACGAGCCAAGGCCUAUUUUAAAAUCUCAUUACGAUACCACAGACUGCAAAAGCAAAUCUGAAGUUCAUUUUUCCGAAAGUAAUAGUUAUGUAGCCGAUUAUUACAACGACGAGACUAGGUCGAUUUUAAAAAGCGGUGAUAUUGAUAGAUACCAAUCAAACAAUGAUGAUGAACAGAAAAAAGUUUUGAAGCACGAGCAACCAAAAACUAUUUUAAAAUCACCAGAAGCUGUUCGAGCCAAUAAAGUGUUGGAAUCGUGCGCCGAACCACGGCCUAUUCUAAAACAUCACAGUAGCGAGGCGUUUUUUGGAGAAAUCGUGGAACGAGAUGGUGCUUCGAUAAUGAGUCAGUUUCAUCGGGUAACGACCAGUCAGAAGCCUGUGUCUAGGUUUAAAGCGUCUCGGUUGGAAAGGUGACGUAAACUGCUUCUAAAGAAAUUUUGGCACAUCAAGACCCUCUCUCGUUUUUGUGUUUGUUUGUUUGUUUGUUUCUUUUACAAGCCGUUUAUAAUAUAUUUUCCAUUGUAACCAUAUUUUAUAUGAAACACUUUCUAAUUUGUA